UAAUGAUAAUAUAACUAUAUAUAAAACAAAUAUGGACGAUAAGAAGUUUUUGUGCUUAUGAGUGAUGUUUUUAGUUUUAUGAGUAUCAGCUUCGAAUGAUCUUGGCCAUUUCAGAUUAAUGAGGAUCCCUCCUGAUUUAAGACUAAGAUCUUUUGCAGAACAGUACGAUAUGAGCAUGGAGGUGAUCGUUCCUCUACUGAGAUCGUUAUACUCAAUGAUCGACGGACUAGAUAACUUCCCUUUUGAAUUUAAGAGUACUGGAGAGUUUGUAGUUUUCUUCACAAAUGCAAUUUUUGAAUACUUCAACUGAAUCUCUUAUGAUAUAAUAAAUCUGAAAAGCUUGAAAACUGCUCCAGAGCCAAAGUGUAUCUUAUAUAAGUCUUUUGACAAGUUUCGGAACUUCAGUCGACAAAUGGUCACCGAAAUGGAUUAUGGCUAUCUAACCCUGCUAUUUGCCUAUGUUAAGAAGGAAAUUAGUGUUAUUAACAAAAUAAUUGAUGUGAAAGGCCUACACAUCUUUUUGAAUACCUCUGACUGUAUUAGGAUGAGGAUUGGCCAGUAUUUCAUGCCAAACUUCGUGGGAAAUGAUACCUCAAACUGCUCUGACAUUGACUGGAUUAUCCUCAGCUUUUCAGAUCAGCCAGUUGAUCCUUCUAUUGAUUUCAAAUCUUUGCUUACCCAAUUGCUCAUCUUAUGAAGUCUGUGAUAUUCUACCUAUUUUGCUUAUAAACUUCUCAUGCAAGAACACAACAAAUUUCAAAUGCUAGAGCAGCUUGCCUUGGAGGAGCAAUUAGAGUCAAAAUCAUUACCAGAAAUAUGCUUAGAACAAAGAAAAGAGUCAAGCUUAUCCCUGUAUAAUGUUAACUACAAGGCUAUGCCAUCUUUGAAGUUCCCUCUAAUCAAAGAAGAGUCUAAUGAAACUCCUAGUUACGAUUCUGGAAUCUAUAGCUCCUUGACACCAGGAGCCAAAGUUAGAGGUUCUUCUGCUUUCAUACUCUCUGAAGUUGCUUCAAAGAAUGAAUUAUAAUAAUGAUUUCAAUAAUAA